AUGGAUUGUUGCUAUAUUUAUUGUGGUGCUUUAAAAUGGGUUGAUGAAAGAUGCGCAGGAUCAUCAAAACGUUCACCUAUUUUUAGUACCUGUUGUGCAAAAGAAAAAGUUUUACUUCUACCUAUUCAAGCUCCUCCUCCAGUAUUGUAUAAUUAUCUUACAGGUACUGAUACACUGUCAUGUGAAUUUAGACAGAAUAUACGAGCAUACAAUUCUGCCUUAGCUUUUACUUCAAUAGGUGCUAAAAUAGAUAAAAAUGUUAUUGGAACACAAGGUCCCUAUAUAUAUUGCAUACAUGGUGAAAUGUAUCAUCGUAUUGGCUCUUUGUUAUCUCAGCCAAUUACAAAUGCUCCUCUUUUUGCCCAAAUGUAUGUUUUCGACACUGCAAAUAAAGCUCAAAAUAAAUACAAUUUUAUGUCUUCUUUGGAUUCAAGUAUUCUUUUUGAACUUCAAACUAUACUUUAUAAUACUAACCUAUAUGUUCAACAAAAUCCUGCACAGCCUUUAACUAUGAUUCUCAAAGAUUUUAGAGCUACAGACCCUCGCAGAUAUAAUCUUCCUACUGCUUCUGAAAAUCCAGGAAUUCUGAUUCGUGAUGAUUUUUUACUAAUAACUUCCUCAAGUAACGACCAGAAAACGAAUGAGAAAUAUAAUGAGACUAAUCAAAAAUGCGUUACAAUGAUGCAAUAUUAUUCUUAUCAACUUCAAAUAGGCAGAUCUAAUGAAGAGCAAAGUCGACUUAAUUAUCUAAGGUUUAAUCAAAAAAGAAUUUGGAUUGAACUUUAUAAUGGGUUGCAUGAUGUUAUGGCUUUACAGGAUAAUGCAUCUCAACCUUUAUCAGCAACUAAUAUAGAAAUUGGAAGACUACAAGAAGUCGACCUACAACAGCUUACAAGAAUGGAACAAACUUCAGGAGAGCGUUACUAUCUUCGAUUGUUAUUAACUACUAAUGAAUGCUUAAAAGAGGCCAAAGAAAUACAAUCAGGCGCUCAACUCUGUCGCUUAUUUGCUACUAUUCUCCUUUUCUGCCAUCCUGCUCAACCUAAGCAACUCUGGAAAAACUAUAUAUUAGUCUUUUGUGAUGAUAUCUUAUUCCAAGCUAAUCAAGAAUCAGGUGAUCGUUCUGCUUUUACUGUUUAUGAUAUUAAUAUAUAUAAUAGUGCUUUACAUCACUUAGAUUCAAUUUUAUGUACGCAUGAAAAGAGCCUUAAAGAUUUCCCAAACAUGCUGAUUCCAACUUUUCAAUCUGAAAACCCAUUUCUAAUAUUAGAACCCAAUCUUAUUAAUAUUCCUGACAAUAUCAUUCUUCUUUCACAAAAUAUUCACUCUUUAAUUAAUUUUGUUUAUCCUGAUUUAACAACAUCAUUGAAUAAUUCCAAUUAUUUAAUGAAUCGUGGAAUUCUCACUCCCAAAAAUAUUGAUGUUGAUUUAGUUAACGAUCUUAUUAUGAACCUAUGCCCAACUGAAUCAACUGAAUACUUAAAUGCCAAUUCUAUUGACAAAACAUCUGAUGGAUAUAAUACUACCUAUGAAAAUUUAUAUCCAAUUGAAUUCUUAAAUAGCUUGAAGUUGAGCGACAUACCUUCACACAAAUUAUCAUUAAAAGUUGGCACUCUAAUAAUACUUCUUCAUAAUAUAGAUCCUAUGAACAGUUUAUGCAAUAGAACCCGAUUAAUAUGCCAUGCUUUUACACCUAGAAUUAUUAACACUGAAGUAAUUAUGGGAAAACAUGCGGGUCAUAGGGUUUUUUUCCCUUAG